UUCAGAGCCUGGACUGGGAGACCUUUGAGCAGUACUGCACCUGGCAGCUGUUCCUGGCCCACAACAUCCCCCUGGAGACCAUCAUCCCCAUCCUGCAGCACCUCAAGUACAAGGAGCACCCCGAGGCCCUGUCCUGCCUCCUGCUGCAGCUGCGCAGGGAAAAGCCCAGCGAGGAGAUGGUGAAGAUGGUGCUGAGCCGGCCGUGCCACCCCGAGGACCAGUUCACCACCAGCAUCCUGCGGCACUGGGGGCUGCGGCACGACGACCUGCUGGGCGAGCACAUCAAGGCCCUGCUGAUCAAAAACAACAGCCUGCCCCGGAAAAGACAGAGCCUCCGCAGCUCCAGCAGCAAACUGGCCCAGCUCACCCUGGAGCAGAUCCUGGAGCACCUGGACAACCUCAGGCUCAACCUCACCAACACCAAGCACAACUGUGGUUUCAGCCAGACCCCGAUCCUGCAGGCGCUGCAGCACGUCCAGGCCAGCUGCGACGAAGCUCACAAAAUGAAGUUCUCGGAUCUCUUCUCCCUGGCCGAGGAAUACGAGGAUUCCUCCAGCAAACCGCCCAAGAGCCGCCGCAAGGCCGCGGCCCUGGCCAGCCCCCGCAGCCGCAAGAACGCGGCGCAGCCCCAGAACAACGAGGAGGAGUCCGGCUCCAGCAGCGCCUCGGAGGAGGAGGACGCCAAACCCAAACCGGCCAAGAGGAAAAGGAAAGGUUCCUCUGCUGUGGGGUCUGACAGUGACUGAGGGGU